AUGAAUUUUAACGAAAUGUUAAAGAGUAAUGAAAAUAAUAUUAGGAGUGACAAGUUCAAUAAUUAUUGUACUUCGUUUAAUAAUUCCUCCAUGUCUUUGAACUCUACAAAACAAAAUAACAUAUCAUUAUUAAAUAAUAACAAUAAUAAUAAUAAUAAAAAUAAUAAUAUUAAUGUUAAAGUUGAACCUAAAGCAGGAGAAGAAUUAGAAAUUUAUGUAGAAAACAUGCUUAACGAAUUAAAAACCAAAAUGCAGAGCUUGUCAGAUAAUUUAUUAAAUAAAGUUGACAAUAUGGAAAAAUAUUUAGACGAACUAGAAAAUACUAUGAUGAACUAUACAACUCAAAAUCAUUUACAGUAA